AUGACCGAGAAAGAGAUUGUGGAAGUGUUUGUGCGGGUACAGGAGCCAGAGUACUAUGACCGAAUCAUAUUGCUAGUCGGAGCUAAAUUCGCCGAGAUAGUCAAAGUUGGUGAGACUAUCGAAGAUGGUUUGAAAUCGAGGAAGAUAGACCGUGUAUCCGCAUCACCUGGGUCUUUAGGAUUGAUAUGGAAGAGAAGAGAGGAAGUUGCCGCUGUCUCGUAUGGGGAAGGAAAAACCCCUAGAAGCCCGUCACAUUCCCAAGAUCGUUCCAGGCCCUCCCGAUCCUACUACCCACAAUCCAAUCAUCCUAAUAACCACAAUACUGCCCCCACCUAUCCGAAUGCUCAAAUUUCAUCGUACCAAAGUCCACCCCCAAAUCUCCAAAAAUUUUCUCCCAUAUACCCAAAUUACCCUUAUCAGAAUAUUGCUCCCAACUGUGCCAAUGUACAGUCGAGCUACCAAGCACCUCCGCCCACUUAUCAAGUCCAAGCUCCAUUAUAUCAGAACCCCCUCCCGAAUUACCUAGCUCCAGUGCCAAAUUACCAGACAAACCCUUAUCCUCGAAGGCAAGCUCCUCGUCCGAAUACUCGAAAUUAUCAGCAGGUGCCUCCCCCUCAGCAAAACAGUUAUGAUCCUUCCCGUUUGAGAUUUGAAAAAAAGCCUUCAAGGAACUUUACCAUACUUGCUGAAAGCCGGACCAAACUAUUUGAGAGACUAGCCGCAGUUGGGUACAUCCACCCUGUGGGGCCCAAGCCCAUGGAUGUCAACUCAAAGUUCUACAAGCCAGAUCAAAGAUAUGCUUAUCAUUCCAACAGUUUUGGACAUGACACGGAAGAUUGCAUCAACCUUAAGCACAGAAUCCAAGACCUGAUCGAUCAGGAGGUAGUUUCUCUUCAGCCGGCGGCGCCAAACGUCAAUACAAAUCCGUUGCCGGAUCAUGGAGGUAGCAACGUUAAUAUGAUUGAAAUGGAUGAAGACGGGUGUGAAACAAAGAUGAUUACUCCUAUUGUGCAUGAGGACUUGGAAAGGGCUGUCGCUUCUUUAAGCGUCAAGGAAAAGAGAGAGUUUGUUAUUCUGACACCUGCAAAGGCUGUUGCCUUGGUGCCUUCGAAAACUCUCGUCAAGCCUAAAUUUGUAAUUGAAACUGCCGUGGCCCAAGGCAUGACCAGGUCCGGAAGGUGCUACACUCCUGAUGAGCUUGCUCUCGGAGGACAGAAGAAGGACCAUACUAAGAGGCCGAUAAGCGAGGGGAAAGCGGAAGAGUUCUGGAGAAGGAUGCAACCGAAGGACUAUUCCAUCGUCAAACAUUUAGAGAAGACUCCGGCUCAGAUCUCCGUGUGGGCCCUGCUAAUGAGCUCUCAGUCCCACAGGCAGGCCUUAAUGAAAGCUCUUGAUGAUACAUACGUACCCUCAGGUACAAGUAGUGAUAACGUGGCUGCCAUGAUUCAUCAAGUCAUUCGGGGGCACCGGAUCAGCUUUUGUGACGAUGAGUUGCCAGUUGAAGGAAGAACCCACAACAAAGCGUUGCACAUUACCGUGAUAUGUCGUGGAAAAGUUGUCAACUGUGUUUUGAUAGAUGAUGGAUCCGGUUUGAAUAUCUGCCCAUUGUCGACGUUGAGGCAACUAAAUUUUGACCUUGGGAAUCUGGAGCAAAACCAGGUUAAUGUAAGAGCGUUUGAUGGAGUACAAAGAGACACAUUAGGGGCAGUGACUUUGACCCUUCAAAUGGGCCCCGCAAAGCUCAGUGCGUAA